ACAAACGUCAUACGAAAGUAAUACUACAAAUUUCAACAUUGAUUACAGAAUUAAUUAUCUAUGUGAGAACCCAACGUUUUGCUAAAAAAAUAUUGUUAUAAAAUUGAAAUAUGCCGGAAAUUAAAAUAACGCCCUUAGGGGCUGGACAAGAUGUUGGGCGAAGUUGUUUGUUGUUAUCUAUGGGUGGUAAAAAUAUUAUGCUGGAUUGCGGAAUGCAUAUGGGAUACAAUGAUGAACGUAGAUUCCCAGAUUUCUCUUAUAUUGUACCAGAGGGCCCGAUAACGUCUUAUAUAGACUGCGUUAUUAUUUCUCAUUUUCAUUUAGAUCAUUGUGGAGCAUUACCUUACAUGUCUGAAAUGAUUGGAUAUAAUGGCCCUAUUUAUAUGACACAUCCAACAAAGGCUAUUGCCCCAAUUUUACUUGAAGAUAUGCGUAAAGUUGCCGUUGAACGUAAAGGGGAGUCCAAUUUUUUUACCACACAAAUGAUAAAGGAUUGUAUGAAGAAGGUUAUUGCUGUUACCUUACAUCAAAGCGUUAUGGUUGAUAACGAUUUAGAAAUAAAAGCGUACUACGCUGGGCACGUUUUAGGAGCUGCGAUGUUUUGGAUACGUGUUGGAUCCCAAUCUGUGGUGUAUACCGGUGAUUAUAAUAUGACACCAGAUCGUCAUUUAGGUGCUGCUUGGAUAGACAGGUGUCAUCCCGAUUUGCUAAUAACGGAAAGUACGUAUGCUACAACAAUAAGAGAUUCUAAGAGAUGUCGUGAAAGGGAUUUUCUAAAAAAAGUUCAUGAAUGUGUCGCUAAAGGUGGAAAAGUACUUAUUCCCGUGUUUGCUCUUGGUAGAGCACAAGAACUUUGUAUUUUAUUAGAGACUUAUUGGGAAAGAAUGAAUUUAAAAUAUCCUAUAUAUUUUGCUCUUGGUUUGACAGAAAAAGCUAAUACGUACUAUAAAAUGUUUAUUACGUGGACUAAUCAAAAAAUCCGAAAAACAUUUGUUCAAAGAAAUAUGUUUGAUUACAAACACAUUAAACCCUUUGACAAAAGCUAUAUUGAUAACCCAGGAGCUAUGGUUGUGUUUGCUACUCCUGGAAUGUUGCAUGCUGGUUUGUCCUUACAGAUAUUUAAAAAAUGGGCUCCUAAUGAAAAUAAUAUGGUGAUUAUGCCAGGAUAUUGUGUUCAAGGAACUGUCGGGCAUAAAAUUUUAGGUGGUGCGAAAAAAGUUGAGUUUGAAAAUCGCCAGGUAGUUGAGGUAAAAAUGUCAGUAGAAUAUAUGAGUUUUAGCGCUCACGCGGAUGCUAAGGGAAUAAUGCAGUUAAUACAGUAUUGUGAACCAAAAAAUGUAAUGCUUGUACAUGGUGAAGCAGAAAAGAUGGAGUUUCUUAAAAAUAAAAUCAAAGAAGAAUUCAAAAUUGAAUGUUACAUGCCAGCUAAUGGUGAAACAUGUGUCAUUCAAACCCCCGUUAAGAUUCCAGUAGACGCUUCAUUAUCUUUACUAAAAGCAGAGGCAAAACUUUAUAACGCUCAACCACCUGAUCCGAAAAGAAAACGUUUAAUUCAUGGUAUCUUGGUAAUGAAAGAAAAUCGUAUACAGCUAAUGGAGCUUAAUGAAGCUUAUAAGGAAAUUGGUGUUAAUAAGCAUGUAAUGAGAUUUACAUCAAAAGUUAUUUUUGCCGACGCCGCGCCUAAAUUAAGGACUAUAGAAAGGCUGUAUAAUGUUUUAAAGGAAAAAUUAACGGGAUGGUCAUUAAGCUUACAGGAAAGUUCCUCUAUAGUUGUUGAAAGUGUUGAAAUCAAGAUUGAAGAUAAUCCUGCAGAUCAAAAUCAAAAACUAGUGUAUGUUUCAUGGACGAAUCAAGAUGAAGAUUUAGGAGUCUAUAUUUUAAACUUAUUAAGCAAUAUAACAUAAUUUUCCAUGAUAAUGUGG